AUGAUCAUGAUCAUGACCAUGUACUCUCCUCCAUACCUCAUCUUCUGUUGUCCACAUCCCCCAAGAAAAUGUAUAAACUGCACACGCUGUCCCUUCUCCGCGCUUAGAUCCCGACUACGUUUUUAUUGUCGUAUUAUACAAUGCUGUAUGUGUAAUUAAUUGGUGAUGAUAGUCCAUUUUUUGCUUGCCCA